AUGGCAUCUGCUUCCAUCACGUUCGUGCUGAUCCGGCUUGGGGAGCUGGCGGUGAAGGAGGCGGCGCUCCUCCGUGGCGUCGACGACGACAUCCGCCUGCUCCGGGACAAGCUCGAGUGGCUGCAGACGUUCAUCCAGCACGCGGACCACGAGCGCCGCACGGGGGCCAACAACUACAUCGGGCUCUGGGUGCGGCAGACGCGCGACGUCGCGUACGAGGUGGAGGACGUGCUGGAUGAGUUCCUGCGCAAGGCCGACCUCGAGCGGCUCGGCCUCCCCGCGUGGAAGAAGUGUCUCAAGCUCGCCACCACCUGCACCACGCAAGUCUCCGUCCGCCGUGUCCUCAGGGAUCGGAUGGACAGCAUCAAGAACAGGCUCAAGGAGAUCUCCGAGAACGUCGACAAGUACAAGAUCGAGAAGCUACAGUCGUCCACUUCGUCAGCGCAGAAUCCGACCAACUCCGCCGCCGCGUCGUGGGAUGAAGAAAAUAAGUUUGUUGGGUUCGAGAAAGAAUUCAAUGCCCUUAAAUGCCAGCUCCUCAAAGAUGAUAAGGAGAGAUCUGUCAUAGCAAUUGUUGGGGAGAGUGGCAUAGGCAAAUCUACACUUGCAUGGAAAGUCUAUGACAGUUCCGACAUCCGGUGUCACUUUCACCAACGUGUUUCAAUCAACAUUCCACCGCACAUCAGAGAUACUGACAUCUUAUACUUCAUCUACAAACGCCUUUGUCCUGAUGCUGAUGAUAAAAUGUCAUUAACCACAGAACAACUGCAUGCUUCUCUCUCUGAAAAAUUGAGGAAUAAAAGGUAUCUGAUAAUGGUGGAUGGGCUAGUCAACUUCACCAACUGGAACUCCGUGUUGCAUGGCCUACCGGACAAUGGGGAAUUAGGGAGUAGAAUUAUGAUCAUCACUCGUCUUGAGGACAAAGAAGCUGCAUAUGCUGACCCUAAAGUUUCACCACUCAGAAUAAAUUACCUUAAUGAGCAUGAGAGCAAAGACCUAUUUUGCCACAAAGUAUUUGGGAGCAAAAAUCAGUUCCACAAUAAGGUUUUCGGGAGCAAACCCUUGCUAAAAAAUGAAGAAGAGGAAAUGUUAGAGAUUUUUCACAAGGGUGUCUUUGAGAUUACGCAAGGCCUCCCCUUGGCAAUUGUUGUGCUUGCUGGGCUUCUUCGAACAAAAAGCUUCACGGAAUGGGACAAAGUGCUCUCACAACUUAAAACAAAUGAGAAGUCCAAACGAGUAAAGAGAAUAUUGGCACUAUGCUUCGAUGAUCUACCAAGCAGGUUGAAGUCAUGCUUCCUAUAUUUUGCAGGAAUGCCGGAGAAUCUAAUUUUCAAUGCCAGGCAUAUUGUGCGACUUUGGGUUGCCAAGGGGUUCUUGAAGCCAAAGAAGGGGAAGACCAUGGAGGACAUUGGACAGAGCUACCUCAAGGAGUUGAUCUCGAGAGGCAUGAUCAAUCUUGUGAGGAAGGAUCCCAGUGGCGGUGUUUGGCUUGUCACUAUUCAUGACCGCGUGCAUGCCUUUGCACAAUCAGAAGCACAUGAAGAAAGCUUCCUUGAGGUCCACGACAAUGCUGAUCUCCUUAUGCCUAAUUCAGUGCGACGCCUUUGCCUCCAUAACUAUAUGCAGUCACAUGUUCCUAUGGACACUUCAUUUCCCAAGCUAAGGUCCAUCUUAUGUGACUUCGCUGAAGAGAGGAAAACAAACUCAGUGAAGAAUCAUGGAGGUCACAAUGGCUUGCGCUAUCAUGGCCUCCAGUUUCUUCCAAGGUCCAAAUUUCUUCGGGUAGUUGAUCUCCGAGGAAUGCGGAUCAGGAAGGUACCAAGUGAAAUUGGGAACAUGGUCCAUAUAAGAUAUUUAGGCAUCAGGAGCCGCUCUCUUGUUCAUAUCCCUUCUUCAAUGGGGCGACUAAUCAAUCUCCAAACACUUGAUAUAACAAGAUCUAGGGUUGAGAAUGCUACACAGGCAUUCUGGGAGAUUCCAACGCUACGCCAUGUGAUGGCAAACAAGCUGAACUUGCCAAAAUCAGUUGGAGUGUUAAGCAACAUGCAAACGCUCACCGGCUUGGUGUGUACUGAUCCAUGGGAAAAAAACAUAAGCCCUUUGCACCACAUGAUUUAUCUUCGGCAUCUUGAGAUCUCAGGCCUGGGCUCUGGCCAUUGGGAGGCACUUGCAGAUGCCUUUCAGAAGCUGGAGGCACUUGUGUACCUGCACCUGGCUGCAAAACCUGAGGAUGAGAAAAUACCAUUCAUCCAGCUGACAAAAUUUACCCUUCAACGUCUACAAAUCCUUGAGCUGUACGGAAAGAUUGACAUGUCAAAUGCAGAUAUUGAAGAGCGGUACACAUUGCCAAACCUGAACAGGUUAGUGCUUAAGUUGUCAAUGGUGAAUCAAGAAUUCAUGGACAGGAUAGGUGAGCUACCAAACCUGAGGGAGCUAGUGUUAUCGAAAAAAUCGUAUGACGGCAGUAAGCUCAUGUUCUCCGACAGUGGAUUCAACAGCGUCACGAACCUUGUGAUGGCCGACCUGGAAGAUUUGGUAGAAUGGACAAUAAGGCCCAAGUCCAUUCCAAUGAUCAAAAGGAUUGCUCUAUCAGGAUUCACCAAGCUGAAUAUUAAGCUUGAGGGGAACCAGGGGCCACAAUGCCUGAAAGGCCUCAUGGACCAUCUAGAGGAAGUAGUGCUCUGCAACAUGCCUGACGACUUGACUGUCGAACCAGCAAACAGUGCCUUCAGUGAAAAGAUUAACUGUGUGGCCAUCAAAACAAAGAGCGAGGACAUAAUGGACGCCAUGCUGAGAGCUGGAAGAUGGAGGGAAAGUAUGGUAGCCGGGACACUGUACUAACACUAGGGCUCAUCUGCGCUUGAACUGCCUAUCUGCCCGGCUGUUAAAUGGAUGUGUGCCUAUGUUUUAUACAUAUUGUUGCGUUUGAAUUUAGAUUCACCAUGCAUUUCGUAGUCAUCUCCAUCAGGUUUACAUAUGAGAGUGCAGUUGCCGUGUGUGUGUGUGUGUGUGUGUGUUUAAGUAGUAGCAAUAUUACAAAGCAUGUGGAGUCCUCCUUUCAUGUUUUGCCUGUAGUAGUUUCCCUUCAAUCUGUGUUCAGAUAAAAUACGGCAUG